CACACACACACAGACAAACACACACACACAUACACACACACACUCACACAGACACACACACUCAGACCGAGCUGUCAGUCCUCCGCUCCACGCUGCUCCAUCUGCGCGUCCUGUGCGCACCGCGGUGCCUUCUGCCCGGCGCGUCCCAGCCUUGCGCACGUCUCUCUCUUUACCCCGAGCUCGCUCCGGAGAACCGAACCGAACCGAACCGAACGGAACCGAACCUGCGGCCGAUCUGUUUAAAAGCCCCGAGUCGCUGAGGGAACAGGAGAAUGUCUUCCAAAGCGAUCGAGCUGAUGAAUCUGUCGGAGGAGCAGGUCAAAGUGUUGGAGGACAGUUUUAAAGGAUGUCGGUAUCCGGACGGGACGACGCUCAUGCUGGUGGCUGCAGAGUGCGGACUGUCAGAGGAGGACACACAAAUAUGGUUCAAGCAGCGUAACGCACAGUGGCGGGAGGCAGAGGGUCUCCCCGCCAAACACGGCUCGGUGCUGGACUGAGACUGUCCGACCUCCUCCUGGACGCCCGGAGCCCUGAGCCGACCCCGUUAACCUCGGACAAGAAGACCCCCCCCCCUCUUCCUCGUGCCCAUCUCUCGUUUUUGUAUCUAUGAAGCUAUUUUAACUUACAGAAUGUGAAGGUGUUUGUGUGUUGUUGCCAAUUAUAACCGCCAUGUUUACAGAAAUAAACAUUAAUGUUAUUAUAAGUUAAA